UGUGGGUUAACCGUCGAGCCAACGCGUCAACCUCGUUUUCCCAGAGUUCACGCGGUUGUAAUACCAAGUGUCUCGACGAAGAAUGCAACCAGUCGCCGCGUCAAUAUCCACCAUGAGCCGCAGCGCUCGGGUGAAUCGUUCUUUCUGGCAUUCUACUUUCUCCGAACCCGCACCUACAAGGUGCCAGGGCUCGCCAACCGCGAUCCCCUCGCGUUCACUCAGGACUCAUACUUCGGCGCAUAGAACAAAACAAACAUGCAACUGGGGGUACCGUGAACGUCGAGCGAUAGGAUCGAACUCUCGCUUCCAAGCACGCCACAUCGCAACCACAGCCGACCCAGAUUUCGAAUGCGCGCCUUUUAAGGACGUGGUCGUUGUCGGCGCAGGGCCCAUUGGCCUCUCUGUUGCAUGCGGCAUCGUCGCUUCGACACAAAAAGCAGCAGUCAGUAUUCAGAAAAUUAGAGCAUUGAGUGCCUAUCCAAGCAUCACGAUUGUAGAAGGAGGGGACUUGGCGCGACUCCGCAACUGGGCGUCCAAGGCAGAAGAGCGUGCCUAUUCCAGCAACAGCGACACUCCAUGGGAGAACCGCGUCAUCAGCUUGACGGCGGAGAACAUGGAAUGGCUCGCGACGAUCGGCGUCUCACCCUUCUUGGUGCAAUCACGAUUGUGGCCGGUCAGGGACAUGAGGGUUUGGGAUGGACUAUCGGACGCCACAAUUGAGUUCCACGCGGAUGAGGCAUUUGAUGUCAGCAGUGCGCCUUCUUCGCUCUCCAAUGGCGCGAGAGCGACGCUGAGCUAUAUGGUGGAAAUUUCGAAUUUGCAGCAAGCAAUGCUACGCUAUCUGGAAGAGCAUGGUCAAGGCCAAGUGCAGGUCAAAGAUCGGACACGGGUGCAAAGCAUCGCGGCUAACCCAGAAGAUGGCGGAGUAAGCUCUUCUUUUUUGGAUCAGUGGCCCGUUCUGUCGCUCGGCGCAGACACGGAAGACACCACUCACCUCCGCGCACGGCUUCUCGUUGGCGCUGAUGGGCCGGAUUCACCCGUGAGAAGGUACGCAGGAAUCGAGAACUAUGGUUGGGAAUACGGCCGUCGAGGUGUAGUGGGAACCUUGCGAUGCAUAAAGCCAACAGGGGGAGACGCUAACUCAGGUGAAGAAGUUCCGUUCGUCAAUACGGCCUUCCAGAGGUUCUUGCCUACUGGCCCCAUUGCUUUUCUGCCGCUGGAACACGGCGUGGGCUCUAUGGUAUGGACAUUGCCGCCAGACCUUGCGCGUGCUGUCGAGCAUAUUCAUCGCGACACUCCCACCAAUACUGCUGUGCAACCUUUCGCUGAGCUGAUCAGUGCUGCCUUCCGCCUUCCAUGGAUAUAUCUUGAUCGCAUCUUUCAAGAGAUACGCGGUCGCGCCAAAGCAAGCGCCAGCGCCUCUGGGUCAAGCGCGUCCGCUUCUAAUGCGAAUGACUGGUCUUGGCUCGUUAAGAUCAUCUCUGAUUCGGUGAGAGAGGCAGGCGGUCUUGAGGCGCUACCAGACCAUGGAGAUGGGUUCGUCCCCGCUCCCGUGCGGUCAGUCGACCCGCACAGCGUCGCUUCUUUCCCUUUGCAAGUCAAGCACGCCGAUGUAUAUCUCGGCGCGGCUGUGAACGGUAGCGCGUCGACUACUUCGCGCUCGUUACAUACACUUUCCGGCGCUCUGAAUACAGGGCUCACGAUCUUGGGCCUCGCCUCCGCCAAUGCAGGUACCAAUGAAGGCAAAGGCCGCACGGCUCUUGUAGGCGACGCAGCCCACAGCAUACAUCCACUGGCGGGCCAGGGCCUCAAUCUCGGCCUGGCGGAUGCACGUUCUCUGGUGGGCACGCUUGAACGCGCUGUGCAGAGCGGAGCGGAUCUGGGGAGCUACACGGCGCUUAGAGGAUAUGCAAGGGAGCGAUACUGCGAAAACCAAAAGAUGCUCAGUGCAGUUGACCACCUGCAUUGGUUGUAUGCUUCUCCUGUGCCUCUAGCGUAUCAACACACGGCGGGCUACGGCAUGCAAGAAGCAGGGAAGGAGCCAUUUUUCGAAGAACCUUUACGGGCUUUCGCUCGAGAGGGGUUCGCACGCUCGACUGUCUGGGCGCGAAGCACGGGGCUGGAAGUGGUCAACGAGUUAAGGGCUGUAAAAAAUGCAUUCAUCCGCCAUGCUGGAGGUCGAAGCGCUAAGUAGGUCACCAGAUGCAAAUGAUAUGACCAUGCGAGUAAU